AUGAAUCCACUGAUAAAACAAGUGCUCCAGCGAUUUCUCAAGUCACAGGGACGAAGAAUCCUGAUGCGCGGCGCGGCUAGACUUGCGGCUGGCCUGGGAGCAGCUGGUGCUGGGGCGGCGGCUAGUGGUGCCGCUGGAGCUGGAGCCGCAGCAGGUGCCAGUGCUGGAGCUGCUGCCGCCGGGGCAGGAGCCGCUGCUGCUGGGGCUGGAGCAAGUGCUGCUUCUCUCGGAGCUGUUGCCCAAGUCGCCGGUCGAAUCCCCGCUGCGAUGUACCCGAUCACUAUUCCAGUCAUGAUGCUCGUCGUGUACGGAAGCGAAUACUUAGAAGGCGACGAAAAGAAAGAAACUGUAGUGACAAAAAGCAUAAUCGAGAAGAGACGAGAAAGACUCGCGAAAGAGCAAAGUGAAGAUAAUAACUCGACUGAUAACAAAAGCUUAUCUCUGUAA